AUGGCAGAACUUCUUCUUGGGGAGUCCAAACUGGAACAAUUCUUGAAGGAAAACGCUCUUAAACAGAGUAGUAGUCCACGGGGACCCCGGCCAAAGCUGACUGAGGUCAGGAAACAUCUCACGGCAGCGCUUGACAGGGGAAACCUAAAGCCAGAAUUCCUACAAGAAGCUAACCUAAUUAUGGCCAAGUUAAACUAUGUGGAAGGUGAUUACAAAGAAGCUCUGAACACAUAUGCCAGAGUUGGAGUUGAUGACUUGCAGCUAGCUGCAGUGCCACCAUAUAGGCUACGGAUGAUUGCUGAAGCGUAUUCUACUAAAGGUCUCUGUCUUGAGAAGCUGCCAAUUUCUUCUUCAGCUAGCAACCUCCACGUGGACCGUGAACAAGAGAUUGUUACAUGCUACGAGAAGGCUGGGGAUAUUGCUCUUCUGUACCUUCAGGAGAUAGAAAGGGUAAUUAAUGCCAAUAUGCAAAACAGAAGCCCUAAGCCAGGGCCCACUGCACAUGAGCAAGAACUUGGGUUUUUUUUGGAAACAGGACUUCAAAGAGCACAUGUUUUAUAUUUCAAGAACGGGAACUUGACAAGAGGAGUUGGUAGAUUUAGAGAGUUACUAAGAGCUGUCGAAACAAGAACUACACAAAAUCUGCGAAUGACAAUAGCAAGACAACUGGCUGAAAUUUUGUUACGAGGAAUGUGUGAACAGAGUUAUUGGAAUCCACUGGAAGAUCCUCCUCACCAAUCACCCCUAGAUGAUCCACUUCGAAAAGGUUCAAAUACUAAGAAUUACACCCUCAGUAGAAGACCGCGGGUAUACACUGGAGAAAACAUCUUUUGUCCUCAAGAAAAUACAGAAGAAGCCUUACUGUUGCUGCUUAUUAGUGAAUCUAUGGUAGGUAAAGUGAAUGUACAUGUGCUCAAACUUGCUGAGGGUGCAUUCUGCCCCAUCAUCCGGAUCGUUAAUGAAGAUGUCGAACAGGAUCAGGCCCAGUAUCAAUCUCUGAACUACACUGAUAGUUACUGGCCUCCAACGGACUUCAUGCCGCCGAUCACCACCUUCUGGGCUCAGCCUUAUGAGUUAUACUUAGCUGAUG